AUGGGUUUCUUCGCUAGAAAGAUCAAGGACUCUAGUCGUCCGGACUCAUUGGACGCUACCUCACCUGGUGUACUCCAAUCCUCAGAGAAGCUUGAUGAAGCAAACAUCCGGACUGCAUCAGUCGUCUCUGGCGAUGAGAAGCCAGCAGCUGGAAUUGACGCCGAAGGCACACAACAGAACGGAGAAGAUCCAGAAAUCGAGUAUCCUACGGCUUUUAAGCUCACCUUGAUCACCAUUGCUCUUUGUUUGGCCGUCUUCUGUAUAGCUCUGGACAACACCAUCAUCGCGACUGCCAUUCCCAAGAUCACCGACCACUUCAAGGCAAUUGACGACAUUGCUUGGUAUGGAUCUGCCUAUCUUCUUACGACAUGCUCCUUCCAAUUGUUCUUUGGCAAGCUCUACUCCUUCUUGAGCUUGAAAUGGGUCUUUCUCGUCGCACUCUUCAUCUUCGAACUCGGCUCUUUCCUGUGUGGUAUCGCUCCAACCUCGACAGCUCUGAUCGUUGGACGUGCCAUUGCUGGCGUGGGCUCUGCUGGAUUGUUCUCUGGAGCCAUCUUGAUCAUUGCCAAUUCUGUACCGCUUCGGUCAAGACCAUCAUACACCGGUCUUAUUGGUGCCAUGUAUGGCCUCGCCAGUGUAGCAGGGCCCCUUAUGGGUGGAGCUUUCACUGAUCAUUUGACGUGGCGCUGGUGCUUCUACAUCAAUCUGCCAUUUGGAGCCGUCACGAUGAUUUUUAUUUUCUUCUUCUUCAACCCUACGACCAGCGCAAAGAAGCUCAGUGUCGGCUGGAAGAAUCGUGUCAUGGAUUUCGAUCCCUUUGGUACUCUGGUCUUCUUGCCCAUGAUCAUUUGUCUGUUGCUAGCACUCCAGUGGGGUGGAAGCACAUAUCCUUGGAGCAACGGGCGCGUUAUUGCCCUCUUUGUCGUUUUCGGUGUGCUGUGCGCUGUCUUCGUCAGUAUCCAGUUCUACGUUGGAGAGAGAGCUACGAUCCCUCCUCGCAUCAUCAAGCAGCGCAGUGUUGCGGCAAGCGCGUGGUUCGGCGUCUCCCUCGGUGCCGCCUUCUUCCUCUUCGUAUACUACCUCCCCAUCUGGUUCCAAGCCAUCAAGGGCGUCUCCGCCACAAAGUCUGGCAUCAUGUCUCUGCCUUUGAUCCUAGGAGUCGUCAUCUGCUCGGUGGUAGCUGGAGGCCUGGUCACUACAUUCGGAUACUACACACCCUUCAUGGUCGCCUCUUCAGUGCUCAUGGCCAUCGGAGCAGGCCUCCUCACCACCUUCAAAGUCAACACCGGCCACGCAGAGUGGAUCGGCUACCAAGCCCUCUUCGGCAUCGGCGUAGGAAUGGGCAUGCAGCAAAUCCUCAUCGCCGUCCAAACCGCCUUGCCUGCAGCCGACAUCCCCACCGGCACCGCCAUCGUCAUGUUCUUCCAAACACUGGGAGGAGCGCUGUUCAUCUCAGUCGGCCAAAACGUGUUUACGAAUAAACUUGUUUCUGGGCUAAAGGCUGCUGUUCCCGACUUGGACCCGGCUAUUGUGUUGAGAACCGGAGCUACAGAGCUCAAAUCGGCUAUUGGAGAGCAAUACCGUGCUGGCGUGUUGAGAGCGUACAACGAUGCAUUGACGAAUUCGUAUUAUGUCGCUGCUGCGUUGGCCACGCUGUCGAUUGUGGGGUCUUUGGCUGUGGAGUGGAAGUCUGUCAAGGGCAAGAAGAUUGAGGUCAUGGCUGCGUGA